UGUUCAGAGGAUAAUUACCAGAAAGCAUCAAUGGUGUCUACGAGAUCCAGGAAGAGCAGUGGGACCGAGGAGAGUGGCGACAAGCGUUCGGCUCCCCAGGAGUCUACGCCCAAAUCCAAAAAGCCAAAGACCGAACAUGACGGCAAGCUCAAGGUCUCCGAAGGAGAGAUCGGAUUGAGCAAACAGGAGGAUGAUGAUGAGGAGGAUCAGAGUAAGACAGAGGACGAGAAAGAGACAGGGGAGGAGAAGGAGGCCAGCAAUGAGAACAAAGAGGAGUCCAAGCCAUCGAGAGACGAGCCGCAUCUGAGUGGCAUCCUUGAGGAACCUAAGCAUGGCACUCUUGAGUCGGGUCACAUCUACUUCCUCUACCGACCAAAGGUCGAUGCCGAGGAGGUCGAUUCAGUGGACGAUAUAUCCAAAUUCCACAUCCUCCUGAUUCCCACCUCUCAUCCGUACGGUAAAUCUCACUACCACCGCAUCAUUGAGGUUGGGAAGAAGAAACUACCGGAUCCUCACGCCAGUCGACAAGUCAUCUGGGGCUUGGUGGGCAACGUCGGUUCGGACAAGGCAGAAUUGAAGAACGCGUUUGGAGCGUACGAUUACGAGACAAAGACAAAGGGGACACGCCACCAGUCCGCUGCUCGACCGGCUGCUAGAGGUCAUUAUAUCCUUCAUUCGCCGAGGGAUGAACUGGCCGAUUCUCCAGAUCAUGAUCGUCAGCGUGAUUUCAAGAUCCUCCUGGCCUACGAGAUUACGACACCUGCAUCCGAAGACUUUGGUCAAGUACAAAGUGAUCUGGGCAUCGCAGAAAAGGGUGCAGUGGCUUUGCAGGUCAAGAGUCCCGAAGCGGAAAGCACCAACCCAAGAGCAGCCAGUAUACCCAAAGACAAGCGCGCUAGCUAUCCUAAAAAGUUGGAUGGCUUAUUUGCCAAUCGACGUUUCAUUCCCGCCAAUCCGCCCAGCUUUUUGGACUAUUCGGGCGGAGAGCUCCUGCUCCUUUCCUCGGCACAUGAUCUCGCAGAGUGGCUAGGCAAGGACGGCAAGAAGAUUGUGCAUGAUCUCGAUAACGACGCGAGCAAAGAGCAAGUGGGUAUCGACGGAGCUAUGAAGGAGCUCGGGAUGAGCAAGAAAGAUACGGAAAUCGAAGCGCUUGAAGGGGUGUGGGCGUAAGGACCAUCCGGAAGUUGAGAGGUAUGUACUUGAAUCUUGUGCAUCGAUGAUCAUUUCUGGGCUUCACACCGUAAGCCGAAGAGGGGGGGUUUGUUAGCCCCAGUCUACGUAAGGGCAAAUGGAAAGAUGGUGCAAGUACAAGCAAAUACCUUGCAAGUGGACUGGCGAAAAUGAAAGUUGGGAACCGCACAAUUUAGAGACGAAUGCUUCACUGCGUGGUUCAGAGCUGGUCAUCGCGAGGGAGCUGUCCGGUGCUGUCUGAGAAGAUAGGGAAUCUUGAGCGCGAAGCGAUUGCCCAUUAAGUAGUACAAAGG